AUGUCUGUCGCCAAGAGCGCAGGCCUGGAGAAGAGACUGACCCUGAUCUUUGACACCAAAUUGACCGAGCAGUGUAUCCAACGGUCAGAUAGUCGUUCAACGUACAUUCACGUCUUCUUCAUGGUCUUGUUUACUGCCCCACCAUCGGAAUAUUCCACCGUCUUCGCUAUCCCCAAGUCCUUCAAGGGCACCAUCGAAUUCAUCAAUAGCAAGCGCUUGAAGAACGACUUGGCCAGUACCACGCCUGACGAUCAGCUUUCGAAUGCUACCAAGGCCAAGCUGGCCGCAGAGAAGCUGUACAAGACGUUGAAGUCAGAUGCACGAAUUGGGCCCUUGGGUGGACUCCGCCGGGCCGCGGCGGGUUUCAACUUGUCACUCUCCAGCUCACGGUGCCCGGGGGACGAUGGUAGUGGGUGGAAUCCAAUGUCUGAGGAAUUUCUGGGCACAAUCGACUUUGGAAGAGAUGUGAUGGAGACCUUGGCGGCACUCGCGGCGGACAAUGGCGGUGCAUGGAACCCGAUGUUCGAAACCAUUCUACGGCUACUAUCUACGCUGUCGACACGGACUGAGCUCCAGCGCGGUCGGCCUCGUCAACCACGACCGGGAGGGGCACCGGUGGCAGCAUUAUACGGGAAGAUGGGAGGAGGCUAUGGUAGAGAUUUGGAGAAUGAAUAG